AUGGUUGAAGUCCGGCGUGCUGCGACUUGCGCGGUAGCAGACCUGCGCGGAGGCGUCCUCGGUGAGUACAGGGUGUGGGCGGUGGUUGUGGGUGAUGCUGGGUGGUUCUGGACGGAGUGCCGGUGGGAAGGUCGGCGACGAAUGAGGUGGUCGCAGACAAGGGGGCGCGAUUUGUGUGUGUAUUGGGUAUCUGUGGGCAACCGAUUGGGCGAACGAUGUGGUCGGCAGCGAGUGGUGGUUCGGCUGCCGACGGACAAUCGUUUGGACUCUCUGAUGUGGCUUCUCGCCGGCGGUCGCUGUUCGCCAGCGCCAGAUCGAGAUAUAGCGACGGGCUGA